AUGGAGAAUUUUCAUUGCACAUCUCAUUCUUGCCUUUCUCUGAAGUCAUUGUCAUCCAAAAUACUAGGGUUGUUUUGCCAUUGUGGUUCACAAAACAAAUACAAGAGGUUGGAUGCAAAGCUUGAAAAGAAGAUGAUUGAAGUCAUGAAAAGUUCAUCAGGGCAUGCAAAUUUUAAAUCUAUUAACAGCAUAAUUUUGAGGUUUUCUCAGUUCAAAGAGGGACUGGAAAACAUCAGAGGUGUAUUUGAACAACAUAGUGAAUGCAACCGUGAGGAACUCAAAAGAUGUUUACAGAAACUACAACUCAAUUUAAAAGAGCAGGAGGUUGAGGAUCUAUUUCAUUCAUGUGACAUUGAUGGGAGCCGGGGGAUGCAAUUCAUUGAGUUCAUCAUUCUUCUGUGUUUCAUCUAUCUCCUAGUGGAACCUUCCUCCUCUCCUCAUAGUACGUCAAAGAUGGGUUCACCAGAGCUUGAGGCCACUUUUGAUACUUUGGUUGAAGCAUUCUUAUUUCUUGACAAGAACGGUGAUGGAAAGCCGAGCAAGAAAGAUGUGCUCAAAGCUUUGAAUGAGGCCUCUUGGGAGAAAUCACCUGCCCACAUCACCAAGUUCCGAUUCAGGGAAAUGAACUGGGACAGGAAUGGGAAGGUCAGCUUCAGGGAGUUCCUCUUUGCUUUAAUAAACUGGGUUGGGAUUGAUACUGAUGAGGAAAUUCCUGCAAUGGGAAGUUAAACUAAGUGCAGGAAAAUUCAAAUAAAUGUGAUGGAUAAUAGUCCAACAUGAGGUCAGAUCAAAACAUUUAUGUAGAUACCUCAAAAAUUCAAGUCUAUCAUUCAGAACUGUUGGUACU